AUGUCCAACGAGGGACAGCUCCUUGUCGCAGUACGUCGUGGCGACGAGGCCAGCGUCGUGAUGCUGCUGGAAGAAGGCGUCGCCUGUGUCACCGUCAACAGGUGGGGUCAAACACUGCUGCACGAAGCGGCCGCCAAAGGCCACGUCGAGAUCGUUCGUGUGCUUCUGCAGCACCUUCCGACGAUCCCCUUUCGGCACUUGCGCGUGCCCGUUGGUAUCAACGCCAAAGAUGCGGUGCUCGGGGACACGCCGCUGCACUACGCCGUGUACUACAAGCACGCGGCGAUCGUCGAGCUGCUUCUGGACGCACACGCUUCGGUGGUCACCGCAAACAAUGAACAAGAGACGGCGAUCGCGUACGCCAAGCGCUACGGCGCGCACGAGAUUACACCGCUUUUGCUGGACCGCUUGCCGUGGGAGCCGCCGGCGACGACGCCCGCCGAGCCAGCCUAA